CCCAGAUUGAAACUCAUGCCAUACCACUCUAAUUUUGACGACAUUGAAGAAAACCACCAGGCGGGAUGGCUAGCAUCGACGAUGUGAACUUUGAGCUCCCCAAACUGCGUACUUCCUUCUCCCUAGAGAAUGACACCAGGUUCCUCGGCAGUGAUGAUAAUAUCGCAGAAUUCUUUGACGUCAAAUUCUGCCCUUACCAGCCCCUAGACCAUGAACCUGUCUUUGCUGCUAUCAGCAAAAAGCAUGUUGUUAUAUGCCGACUCACAAAAGACACAGGCGAUGUCAAUCCUUGUCAUGUAAUCAAUGUCAUAAGAGACGAUGACGAUGAGGCUGCCAGUUGUUGUUGUACUUGGACUAUGGAUGCCGUAAAUGGCAGGCCGUAUAUCUGCAUUGGCGGCGUUGAUGCCAAGGUUAAGAUAUACGACGUAGUUGAUGGCCGGUUGGUUGAGUGCUUUGUUGGCCAUGGCGGGGACGUUAAUGAUUUAGCCACAUCCCCUGUCAACCCAUAUAUCAUCGCUUCAGCUUCAGACGAUACAAGUGUACGGAUAUGGAGCGUGGAAGAAAAACAUAGGAGCCAACCAUGUUUAUGCAUUCUCGCCGGAGAAGGUCACUCUUGGAAUCUGCUUAGUGUGGCUUUCCACGAAACUGGCCGCUAUCUUUUGUCAGGUGGUCACGACCAGAUUAUAAACCUGUGGACUAUUCCUGAUCUCCCCAAUGAACCUAUUGAUACGCCCCUGCAGGUUCAUUAUCCUCAUUUUUCAACUUCAGCAGUGCACAGCGGCAUCGUCGAUUGUGUCUCAUUUUAUGGAGAUCUUAUCCUAUCUAGAGCUUGUCACGAUAACGUGAUUGUCCUGUGGAAGAUCGAAGGAUUCUCCUCAGAUGAUCCUCUACCACCCCAGAGUACUGCUCCCACGCCACAAAAUGUACUCCCGACGAAUUACGAAGAUCCUGGACGGCUUACGAGGUCUGCUUUCGUUCCCUUAACAUCCCCUCAAUGCCCAGUCCAAUACACACGACUAUUGGCAUUCCACACUCCGAACUGCGGCCCUCAGUUUUUCAUGCGCUUCAAGCUCCAUCAUGUGCCCAACCAGAAUCCGGUGCUUGCGUUUUGUAAUGCAGCAGGCAACAUAUUUUUCUGGGACUUGAAGCGACUGACUGCCCACCGCGAUAUCAUGUCGUCGCUAGCAAAUCAUACGGACAAAAGCAAACCGAUACAGCUUCCUAGUUGGCAGAAGCCCGUUAUCCCGCGGGCAAAAGCAGAUCCGCCAAGUAAGCCUCGUGCAGCCGGCAGUGAGCGAGAUUCAUCAACUCCAGUAUAUGUAAACCAUUCAGAUUCCCAGGAGUUCAGCCCGGAGACAUUGGAAUCCUGGGCGACCAAGUAUAGCAUGGAUGACACGCACGAGCCGCUACGACACCAUAAGAUGGAGUCAUCCUCGGCCAAUUUUGUGGGCAGACAGGCAUCUUGGAGUCCAGGAGGGGACUGGUGCGUCGUAGUUGGGAGCUCAAACACAGCUUUGUUGCUACAGCGCUGGGCUCAGAAAUGAAGCCGCGAAGUAGGAAGGGAAGCAGAGAAGGCAGUCUUUCCCAACAUCGUGCCUUGCUGCUCAUAGGUGCAUCCACGGGCGUCUCCUUCGUGUCUCUCUUGAAGAGAAGGCAGAGUUGCCACACCCAGCAUUCCAAAAGCCGUAGAAAAGAAGAAGAAUCAUAAUGCAAGGCCUAUAAACCAUAGCAGCCCAGGCCAGACCCAAAGACUUGUCAUGAGUUAUGGUACUAUGGCCUUGAGGUGCUAGAAUUUAGUAAACUCAAGUCAAUGGAGAGAAGUGACGUUAUCUCUCUUAACUGUAGAAAGCUCUCGUUUUUGGAGUAAGGCAAUUGGUCGA